AUGCCGGCCACAGAGCCGCCCACGGAGCCGCCCACGAAGCCGCCCACAGAGCCGCCCACAGAGCUGCCUACAGAGUCACUUAUAGAGCUGGUCACUGAAUCCUCUAUCACUCAGCAGGUAACUCCUUACUCAGUUUAUCUAGAUAAUUACUUUACAUCUGUUGCACUAUUCAAAUUCCUACGUGAAAAGGGAUAUGGUGCAUGUGGAACUACUCAUUCAAAUCAGGCUCCGGCAGUUCUCGCAGAGCUUAGAGAUUAUACGGCAGCUAUUCCAUGGAAUACUCUAUAUGCUAUUGAACAAGAGAAGGUUCUCUGUCUUGCCAUGCAAGAUAAUAAUAUGGUAUUAGCACUAAGCACCAUUCAUUCGCUUGACACCUUUAUUGAACGUAUUCGAAAGCGGCCUGGAGAGCUCUCAACCAAUGCCAAUAUUGUACGAAAGGUCUUUGAAGGUCAGCCACAGAAGAAGCUGAAAAUCCCAGUCAUGAUAGAUGACUACAAUCAUAAUAUGAAUGGGGUGGACCUAGCAAAUCAGUACCGUGCGGCAUAUACUAGCCAUAGAAUUACCUAUCGGACCUGGCUCCCUAUUUUCUACUGGCUUAUUGACUCUGCAGCGGUUAAUGCCUACCGGCUUUACUACUUAUAUAAGAAGCAGCAGGGAGUCCCUAAGAAGGAUCUGCCUUAUCAUAUAAGCUUUCAUGAGAAGCUUUAUCAACAGCUCUUUGAAUUUGCACCUAAGAUUCAUGACAACCUCCCUAUCGAACGAUCAAAUAGAGAUCUAAAUCACCAACGAAUUUCACUGCCAAAACGCCUACUACUCAAUAAGAUCUCGUAUAAUAUACACUAUCGAAACCACUCUAAUUUGCACAAAACCUACCGACGAGGGGAUAGGACAAUAUGA